AUGCCACCAAUCUCUGUCUCCAUACUUUCAUCCACUCGGCACCAUCCAAACCCAACACCGACAGACCAGCCUUUAUUUGGCCGUAAUGUAGUUUGCCUCAUUAUCCAUCCAAGUCCCAGCUCGCCAAACUCAUCACACAACUUCCCAAGAAGUCGAAUCCUGGGAGAGUACACGUCAAUUAUUAGCAACUCCAUUAUAGAUAACUGCGAGGCAUCACGCGUGAUAACGCCGGCAGGAAUAUUAACCGAGCUAUCGCUCCUCAUUUGGCGCCCAAUCGGUGAGAACCCGCCUCAUUGCAUUCACGAACGUUUCAUUCUGCAUCCGCCAUCAACAGGAGCUCGACCGGUGUUCCGCAGGGAUCAUGAUUUAGUCACCAUUGGCACCAACCGCACUUUUUCACCAUCCACUGCGGCCGGAAGGGGCGAAAGGAGGUCAAAGCCGCCAGGUUUCCGAUGA